AAUGGUUGAAACUUAUGCUAUGUAUCUUUCCCCCUUUUUCACUAUACAAUCUACUCUGUCAUGAAAAAGAAACUCACCAAGAAAUUAAAAACCUACUAAGUCUAUAGUACUAGUAGUAAAUAUUACACACCAUACCAUUGACAUUUAUAAUAUAAAUCAAUUAUAUCAAACAAAAACCAAUUUUCUCUCUCAAUUAUAGCCAUGGGAGAAAAAGAGAAGAACAAGAACAAUAACAAGAAACAAAAACACCAACAUCCUAAUUCUCAAACAACAAAACAAACCUCAGAUUUCUCCUUCAAACCAACCUCAGAAGUAAAAGGUAUAAGAUUUGGUGGCCAAUUCAUAGUAAAAUCAUUUCCAAUAAGAAAAGCAAAACCUCUUGAACUUCUCAAAGUUCUUUCUUUCCCACCAACAACAAAACCAAAAGAUAACAAAAAACUUCCAUUCCCUUCAACAACAGCAUUCUUGCCAACAAAUUUCACAAUCUUAGCACAUCAAGCAUGGCAUACACUAACCCUAGGGCUUGGAUCAAAGAAAUCAAAAGUUCUUGUGUUUGUGUUUGAAACAGAAGCUAUGAAAUGUUCUGUUGAUAGAAUUUGGCCACAUGAAAUAGCUCUUGGUGAUGUGAACAAGAAACUCAUAAAGGGUCUUUGUGGUUUUGAAAUGGCUAGGUUCAAAUUCAGGAAAGGUUGUUUAACUUUUUAUGUCUAUGCUGUUAGAGAAAUUGGAAGCUUUGGUUUUCUUUGUGCUGAAGAUUUGAAGACUAUUCUUCAAUCUGUUGUUGAGCUUAAAGAUUUCUUGGAUCAUACUGUUAUGCUUGCUAUGCCAAAUCAAAGAAGUAUUAAUUACUCUCAAUCUCAAAAUCAGGUUGCUAUGGCUCAUUAAUUAGUUUUAAAUAGUAAAAAUCAUAUGUUAUAUUAAUAUGAUUAAUUCAUAUAUAUGUGUCUCAUUUUCAUAAUUCUUGUUAGGAUUUUAAUUUGUUAACAUGGUUUUUAGUUUUUGGAAUUUUUUUUGGGAGGUUUAUUAUUGGUUUAUUUGUUGAUUAUCUUGUUUGUUUGAUUUGUAUUUUUAUAUUUGUUUAAUAUUUUUGAAUUUAGGGUAAAAAAAAAAGUGUAAUUUAGAAUGAAUAAGUUUUGGGAUUGAAUUGAGGUUGAAUUUGUCCUUUUCACUGACAUUAAGAGUUAGGACAACAUCUUUGUUCUUGCUAGCUAGCCUAAUUGUUUUUUAGCUAUUCCAGGCAUUGCAAUAGCACUUUCUAGCA